UAUGUAAAAUCAUAUGUCAGUGGUUCAUACCACCAGUGGUUUUAUAUCAGGCUGAUAAAUAUUGAUAAAUAUUAUCAUCAUAUUAUUAUUAUUAUUUAAAUUUUAGACACAUCAGUACAUAUCCUGUCAGCAGUAUCACUUAUCAGCAAAUUAAAAAAAUUUUCUAAAAAACCCAAGAUUAGUUUGUUAAAAAAAAACGACAAGCUAGCAAUGAUUGAAUAAUUUUUGUCUAAUCAUUAAAUAGUGAAAUAUAAAAUUAAUAAAAAAUAUAAAUUAAAAAAAUGGCACCAAAUCGUGUGAUAUUGAUAUCAUGUGGGAGUUUUAAUCCACUUACUAAUAUGCAUUUACGAAUGUUUGAAAUAGCACGUGAUCAUCUUCAUAAAAUGGGAAAUCAUGUUGUUGUUGGUGGUGUUAUAUCACCAGUUCAUGAUUCUUAUGGAAAAGAUGAUUUAACAACAAUGGAUCAUAGAUGUGCCAUGAUAAAACUUGCCAUUAAAAAUAAUGAUUGGAUAAGUUUAAGUACAUGGGAAACAAGACAAAAUAAUUGGACAAAAACUCUUAUUUCCUUGCAACAUCAUCAGAGUCUUUUAAAUUGUUAUUUACUUGAUUCUUCAAUAAUGGAAAAUUGUUUUGAUGCUAAAGAUUUCGAUUGGAUACCAGAAAGUAUUAAAAAUAGUACAGAUAAAACACCAAUUCAAAUAAAAUUACUUUGUGGUGCUGAUUUAUUAGAGAGCUUUGCAAAACCAGGAGUUUGGGAUGAUAAAGAUAUUGAAGCUAUUAUUAGCCAACAUGGUCUUGUCGUUGUUACAAGAGAAGGUUUUUGUCCAAAUAAAUUUAUUCAUCAUUCAGAUAUACUGUACAAACACAUGAAUAAUAUUUUUGUUGUUACUGAAUGGAUUCCAAAUGAAGUUAGUUCAACAAGAAUUAGAAGAGCAUUGAGACGAGGUGAAAGUAUUCGAUAUCUUGUCCAAGACUCAGUGAUUAAUUAUAUUUAUAAAAAUGGAAUUUAUAAUGCAAAAAAUCCCUCAACAACUGCUAAGUUUGAAAUUAAUUCAAAUAAUUAUUUGAAUAUUGAUGAUAAAUAUCAAAGUGUUCUUCUUACACCAUCACCAAGUCAUGAUGUCACAAUGAUAACACCAAGUUCAAUGGACAUAAUCAAUCUUGACAUGGACAAUAAAUUAAUUAAAAAUAUACAAAAUUUACCAAAAAUCAUUGAAACAAUUGAUGAUGUUAAUAAUAAAAAUUCAUCAAUAUAUUCAUCAUUGAAAACAAAUUAUCCAGGUCAAGCUAAACAGAUUAUUGCCACUGAAAAUGGUGAAUCAAUUAUUUUUCGUGAGGUAGGUUCAGAGAAUACCAGCACAAAAAAUGAAAAAAAAGAUGAUAUUCUUUCAGAUAAUAAUUGUAAUAAUAAUAGUAUAAAUUUUAUUGAAAAAAAUAUUUGUAAUUUCGAUUGUAAUGAUUAUCAACUUGAUGCAGACAAGGAAAAAAAAAUCAGCUCAAUUGUCAAUGAGGAUCAAGAAAUUUCAUCAAUUGUCAAUAAAAUUGAAGAGACAACAAUUGUUACACAAUCAAUACCGCAAAUACAAGAAGAAAAUAUUGAUUGUCAAGAUGUCUAUGAGCGAGUUGUUCAAGUCAGAAAAUCUAACUCAACCAGUUCAUCCGACGACAAUGAUGGAAAUAUCAUAAAAUCAAUUGUUAAUUCACGUAAAAAUAUAAACGAACCAAAAAGUCCAGAACAAUUAGUUCCAAUAAUGAUUGAAGGAAUUAAAAAUAAUAAUAUUAAUACAGAUAAUGAAAAAGAUAUUAAUAAUUGUGAAUUAAUUAAUUUACCAGAAGAAAAAAAAGAUAAAGCUGAAGAUAAUGAUGAAGAGGAAGAAGAAGUAGAUAAUUCAAUAAAUUUACAAGAAGAUAUUAGUACAAUAUCAGGAGCUGAUGAAAAAGAAGAUUUUUGUUCAGUUUGUUAUAGUAAAGAACGUACAAUUAAAAAUAGCAUAUAUACUCCAAGAUCAAGCUCAUCAUCACCAAAUGAAUUUGACUCAACAGAAUGUGAUAUAUGUGGAUCAUAUGAUGUUCAUGAAGCUGAAACAAUGGCUGGUAUUCCACAAUGUGAAUUGUGUGAAAUUUGUGGUGAUCUUGCUAUGGAUGAAGAUGUCAUUGCUUCAUCACAUCAUGAACUUGAUGAUAUUAUUGAAGCUAAAAUAUUAUCUAGCUCAAGUAAUUAUGGUUCAUCGAAUUCAUUGAGAAAGAAUAUUGAUUUAUCUGAAAAUAUUCAAAGUAAUGUUAAAAUUGUUGAUAUAACUGAUGAAAAUUUUGAGGAAAUUAAUGUUACAGAUAAUAUUGUUGAUGAUAAAAAAUCAAAAAUGAUGGGAAUUGUUGAGAGUCCAGUGUCAACGUCAAUUGAAGAAUUUUCAGAUGAUGAUGGUGAUGAUUCAACAUUAGAUGAUGUUGAAUUUGAAAUUGAAAAUUGUGGUCUUGAUGUUGAUGAAAAAAUAAUUGAAGAAACAACAAGUAUCGAUGGAAAUAUUAUUGAAACAAGUGAAACGUUAAUAAAAUUAAAUGAUAAAAUAUCCAAGUCAAAUGUUGAAAAUCGUAUGAAUCGUGGAAGUUCAUUAAAUUGUCGUAAUACAAAAUACAGAUCACAAACAAAACGUAAAUAUUCAUCAGUUGAUAAUCUUCCAAUAUCUAAAAAAUCAAUUGACAAUAUUAAACAACAAGAUAGCAAUAAUAAUUCAUCAACUAUUGUCAUAAAUCGUGGUAGAUUUAUUGGAUCUGUUGAUAAUGUUAGAUAUCCAAGAGCUUCAAAAAGUAAUAGCCAAUUUAGAAUGUCAGCUGAUGAUAUUGGAAGAAUUAAAGAAAUCGGAGAAGAUAAAAAUGAGCCACAUAAAUUUUUAGUUAGACAUCAAAGUGAAAGAAAUUCACGUAUAUCACCAGAUACAAUUAAAUUUAUUUUCAGUAAACAUGGUAUCAAAAUAAUAAGUGACAGAGAAACAGCAUUAUAGCUAAGAGUUUAUACGGAAAUGCUUUAAAUACAUUUUCGUUUAAUAUAUGUCAUACCAUCAGGUCAAUGAUUAAUCAACUUGAAAUUUAUCAAAGGGGCAUUAAUUAUUAUUUAUUUUCAUACUGUCCCUUAAAUUUUAUCUAAAAUAUUUUUUUUUCUACAGUAUUAUAAUUUCUCCUGGCUAAAAAAAUAAGUUUGUUAUGUGGCAUGACAUGAUGUGUCUUAGAGCUUUAUCUCAAGUGUCAAAUUAUAUUAUCUAAAAUAUUAAAAAUUAGAAUAAAAUAUAAAUAAUAAUAAUAAUAAUGUCAAUGACAAUCUAAAGGAAAAAAAAAUAAUCAUGAAUGAAUUUAAAUUCAAACUUCCAAUUAAAGACUUUUUUUUUAAAUUGAAAUAUGAAAAUUUAAAUAAUUUUCUUGUUGAUUUUUUUUAUUUAAAAAUAUAAACAAAUUUGUUAUUAUUAUUGUUAUUUAUGCAUGGUUUGCAUUAUUUGCUUUUUUUUUUUUUUUUGAAAAAGUCAAUUAAUAGUUGAAUGUAGUUGUAUUGAAAGAAAAAAGAAAUUUGUUGAUAAUUAAUUUUAUAACUUAAUUUCGAUUUAUAUUUAUUAAUGUUAAUAUUUAUUUUUAAUUAGAAUAUUUAUUUAUUUAUUUUGAUAUAUAUUAUUUCUUAUGUGGCAUGUUAAAUGUGUGUUUUCAGGAUACAACAAAACCUGCAUGCCUUCUGUAAGACAGAUUGUUAAUU